UCGCAUUCGUAUUGUAUUGUAAAAAAAAAGUUUAGUUCGACCGGCGUUUUCUGCAUUAAUUUCUGUUCAAUUUGUGGAAAAUAAUACAAGGAAAUUGAAAACAAUUGUAAAAUAAUUGUCAAAAUGAGUGCUUGGAUACCAUUGCAAUCGAAUCCCGAUAUUCAGAACGCAUACCUGCGAAAGCUUGGCGUUCCCGAAAACUGGAAUAUCGUCGAUGUUUUGGGAUUGGAUGAAGAAUUACUGGCUAUGGUUCCACAACCGGUUCUAGCUUUAAUUCUUCUGUUCCCGUGUUCUGAUAAAUAUGAGAAACAUCGAUUGGCUGAAGAUGAAAAAUUGAAGGAAAACAUUCCGAACUAUCCCAACGACUUGUUUUACAUGAAGCAGACAAUUCACAAUGCUUGUGGCACUUGUGCUUUGAUUCAUGCAAUAUCCAAUAACAAAGAAAUCGUUCUGGAAGAUGGAAUUCUCAAAAAGUAUUUGGAUGCUGCUCGCGAUCUAACCGCCGAAGAGCGUGGAAAAUUGUUAGAAGGCGAUACGUCGUUCAUGGAGACACAUCAAACGCUGGCGUCCGAAGAACCAUCUGAAAACCCUUCCGAUGGUGAAAAUCAUCAUUUCAUUGCGUUGAUCGAAAAGGAUGGAGAAUUGUACGAAUUGGAUGGACGUAAAUCGUUUCCGAUUAAGCAUGGCCCUACGACCAAAGAAAACUUUUUAAAUGAUGCAGCGAGAGUUUGCAAAGAGUUUAUGGCACGCGAUCCAGAUGAGUUGCGUUUCACUGUAAGCGCUGUUACUGCGAAUCAGUAGGAUGAAACAGUUUGUCGAUGAGAUGUUAAAAGACAUGAAAAACCUAUAUGAUUAACGGUCAAUUGAAUAAAACUAUUGCUUUGAAAUGUGUGAGGGUUAAACACUUCAUCAAAAGUGAAAUUUGAUAUUUUUUCCAUUAUGUAUUGCCUGCUUUAAAAAAAGAAGAGAAAUUUUGCUACCUAUUUUUAUGAUAUAUCACGCUAGGAGACUGCUAAUGCUUUAAGUUUACUUUGAUAAAUAAAAUGAUACUGAGUUUAAACACAA